AUGUCUGAUUCUACAACCACCGCCGUCACACCGUCACCAUCUCUUCGCCGCCACAACUCAAUAACGGCGGUAACACCCAACAAACUUCACCGUUCAGCAAAGAAGCCACCACUGCGUACAACAAGCUUAGAUUUGGAGCUUCUGUUACUCAAAUCUCCUUACACUUCAUACACAUCACUCAGAGACAUGCUUCCUUCACCUCACGCCGCCGUUAAUUCUCCCACCGGUUCAUCCGCCGCCAUCAACUCCGGUUACGAGAUCUCAAUCCGUAAUCGUCUCGUUAAGCAAGCUGCCUGGGCUUACCUUCAGCCCAUGUCAUCUUUUCCAACAAACUCCUCCACUCCUAGUUUCCUCAGCCGCCUUUGCCACCGUCUCUCCUCCAAUUCAAUAAUCUCUUGUUUCAGUUCAAUGGUUUCGGGUUUUACCCGAAUUUUUCAUCAAAUACUCCAUGGUUUCGGUGGCCAAGUAAGAGCGUGA